UUGGCACAUCCCCGCUGACCGGACCGCUAUCAGCGCUACCCAACGUGCGGUACAAGGGAACAAAACAUCAGCCUGUUUAGCGCCGCCCCUGGGCGUGUCCCAAGGAAGCGGCAUGAGGAGACAAACAAACCCGAGAGUGAGGGGAAUCUUCCCGUCUCUUUACUCCGAGUGCCUGGGGAGCCGCUGUCCCCCUGUGAGUACAUGUGAGUACAUGUGAGCUCUCCCCGCACGGUACAUGUACCGCAGGGUACUGAGUGAGAUCAGAAUAGCAGUAGGAUCCCCGGGCCGCCCCGCUGCCCCAUGGUGCCGCCGCCGCACAGACCCUAAGCAGCCCCCGCGGCAUGAGGAAGCGCUGCCUGUUGCUGCUGCUGCUGUACUCGGCGCUGGUGCUGCUGCUCUUCUCGCUGCUCCUGCAGGAUGGGGGGCUCGGCAAGCGGCGGACAGGGAGCCGGACUGAGCCGCGGCGAUGCCCAUCGCUAAACCCGUCGCUGUGGGAGACGGCGGAGGAAGCAGAAGGCGGAAUCUCCCCGCAGCCCCGCACACACGUGUAUAUCCAUGCCACCUGGCGCAGCGGCUCGUCCUUCCUAGGGGAGAUCUUCAACCAGCACCCCCACGUCUUCUACCUGUACGAGCCGGCCUGGCACAUGUGGCAAUCGCUGUACCCAGGGGACGCGGAGAGCUUGCAAGGGGCGCUACGGGACCUGCUCGCGUCUCUCUUUCGCUGCGACUUCUCCGCGCUCAGACUUUACGCCGGGGGAAACAUUAGCACUGCGGGGCUGUUCGGCUGGAAGACCAACAAAGUGAUCUGCAGCGCCCCGCUGUGUGCGAGUGCGGGAGAGGCCACUAGCGCCGGGGGUGCUCGGGAAAAGGUGGGGCUGGUGGAGCCCAGUGAGUGUGAGAAGCGGUGCCCCGGCCGCCCUCUGCGGGAGCUGGAGAAGGAGUGCCGCCGCUACCCCGUAAUGGUGAUAAAGGACGUGCGGCUGAUGGAGCUCUCUGCCCUGCUGCCUCUGCUACGGGACCCUGCGCUCAAUUUGCGGGUGGUACAGCUGUUCCGGGACCCUCGGGCAGUACAUAAUUCCCGCCUGCGCUCCAAGCGCUCUCUAUUGCGGGAGAGCCUGCAGGUACUGCGGAGCCAGUUGCGCGGAGCGGACCCAGCCAGUAGGGCUCGGCAGCAGCAGCAACUGCACAAGGGAGGGACUGAUUACCUGCUGAAUGGGGCCCUAGAGGUGAUCUGCCAGGCCUGGCUCCGGGACCUACUUCUGGUCAGGGAACCUGCUCCUGCUUGGCUCCGCCAUAGAUACAUGAGAUUGCGCUACGAGGACCUGAUACAACAGCCCCAAGAGCAGCUGGGCCGCCUGUUGCGCUUUGUGGGACUGCCUGCUAUUCCCGAGCUGCGGGACUUUGUACUGAAUAUGACCAGGGGCCCCAGCUACUCCUCCGACCAGCCCUUUGUGGUGUCAGCUCGGGAUGCCCGGGAGCUGGUGGCCGCCUGGAGGGAGAGGCUGAGCACCGAGCAGAUCCGCAGAGUGCAAGAUGCCUGUGGGGAGGCCAUGACUGUCUUGUCCUACAGGGCUGAGGGGGAGGAAACACAUCCCUGACCCCAAUGCAUUGCUUGCAGAGCCAGUGUCCCUAUCAAACUUUCUGUUAGUAUUGUUUAGGGCAGUGGCACACAGGGAGAUUAGACACCCAGCAGCUGCCGCAGGCGACUAGUCUCCCCGCAAUACCAAUGCCAUUGGUAUUGUACACGCAUCAAUUCACUUGGCCCAAACUUGCCUUGUAAGGAAACUUCAGGCAACUUUGGAAAACCGAAGCGAUGCGUGUACAAUCCCACCGGCAAUUUACAUUGUUCCAAGUCACUGGAAAGAUGGCACCUGCACAGUUAUACUGUGAUGAACCAUCCAGUUACACUCACAAGGCCAGAUGUUCUUCAGCUUCCUACAGGCCCCACUGAUAUUUCUUUCUCAUCAUUUUAUCAAGAUAUGCCCAAUUUGUAAAUUAAGUUGCCAUGUGGCCAUAACACUGUACUGUAUGACACCAAGAUACCCUUUUAAAGUGAGAUUGUUUUAAUGAAUUAUGUAUUUUAAAACCAAAUAUCACAGGGUGUCUUGCCAAGUAAAAGAAACAUUCUCUUAUGUGUGACAGGUGCUGCAAUAAUACAACAUUGCUAGGUAACAGUAAGAAAGUGUUACACCAGUGUUCAUUUGGCCAAAAGAGGAGGCCACUGUAUACUACAGGUCUAGAGCUAAAUCUAACAGAAAUGUUUGACUCAAUAUAUACUGAAAAGUUAAUUGAUUUUAAAGCCUAAUUAGCAAUUGGCUAUAAAAAGCAAAUGGAAAGCAGAUUUCCACCCACAUCUUUUUGUAUAAUGAAAUUACAUUUUAAUUCUAAACAACUAUCCGAUAUACAUUUAUCGCAGAUUUUCAAUUUUAAUUGGAAGCUGAAUUUUGUGCUUAUCUUUUUCUGUUUUUAUUUAUUUUUUUUUAGGGGGGGUCUAACUCUUAAACCAUGUAGCAGAAAUCAGUUCAUCUUUUGGUCUGUUAUUCAGUUGGCUUCAGCUACAUUGUUUUAAGAGUCAGAACUGGGAAUAGAGGAUGAACCAGCCAGACCAUGCUGCCUUCAAUAGCGAUUAGAUAAAAAAUGAGAUAAAAUAAUGUAAAACCCAUGUCAUCUUCUAUUGAAUAUAUAUUGGAAAGUUGCUCAGAAUGACAUUUUCUUUCAUUAUGCAAAACAAUUUCCCCUCUAUGAGUGUGGAGUUCGUCUACAAAUGGUAAAAAAGCUGAUUUCCUGUAGGUUAGGAGAAUGAGCAACACUGCACCCAUACUAUAAAAUACUAUUUGAGUGUGAUCUCCUGCAUGUACAUGUACAGCACUAACCUUUUUUUUUAAAUCAGUCACACUUUUUUGUAGAUUUACCAAAGCUGUGUUAUUUGUACAAUAAAACAUUUUUGUAUUUUACUGUUCAAAGAA